UAAGAAUGAUUGUGAUCCAUGCUGUGCGGUCCGGGUCCCCAUCCCGUCACAGGAGGUGGUGGAGGAAGAGGGUCCAGUGGGGUGUCCUCCUAGGACUGAUGGUCCUGAUCUAUGGCUCCCAUGCCCCCCUAAUAGCCCUCACCAAGGUGGAUGGGCGGGUUCCCUUUAGCUCCUCCUCCUGUGUGCUUCUGAUAGAGCUAACCAAGCUUUUGGUGUCCCUAGCCACUCUGCUCCUGACUGGGGACCUGUCUGCCCCACAUGCCCCCCUGUCCCUGGCCCUCGUGGCCCCCUACGCAGUCCCAGCCACACUCUAUGCCUUCAACAACAACCUGGUGGUCCUCAUGCAGAUCUACAUGGACCCCAGCUCCUUCCAGGUCCUCAGCAACCUGAAGAUUGCCUCCACGGCCCUGCUUUACUCCUUCUGCCUGGGGAAGAGGCUGCGGUCCGCCCAGUGGCUGGCCCUGGGGAUCCUCAUGGGGGCCGGGGUGUGUCACAGCUACUACAGUCUGGAUCUGGAGUAUCCAGGGCAAACUGAUGACCAGGCAAGUUCCAGGCUUCACAUCACAGCCUGGGGCCUUGUUCUAGUGCUGGUUUACUGCUUCAUCUCAGGGCUGGCGGCCGUCUACACAGAGCAGGUGCUGAAGAGCCAGCGACUACCCCUAAGCCUGCAGAACCUAUACCUGUACGUGUUUGGAUUGGCCAUCAACUUGGUCUCGCACCUCUUAAGCAUGGGGGGAGAACAGAGUUUCCUGGAGGGUUACUCAGAGGUGGUGUGGGCCAUUGUGGCUGGGCAGGCAGCAAAUGGGCUGCUGAUGUCAGUAGUGCUGAAGCAUGGCAGCGGCAUCACCAGGCUGUUUGUCAUCUCUUGCUCUAUGCUGGUCAAUGCUCUGCUCUCCUGGGCCCUACUGGGCCUGCAGCUCACCCCCUUCUUCCUGUUACCCACCUCUAUGAUUGGCCUGGCAGCCUAUCUGUACUACAGUUAGCAGAACUCUGCUAACUGACUCCCAUUCCACCACAAUCUCUGGCAGCACUUUUUACCAGAUGAUAUUUUGACAUUGAGGUUGGAAUGUUUUUUUGGUUGGAGUGUUCUUUUCCCGUUUGUAAUGCAUUUUUAUUUUAGUCAUUCAGAUCCAGUAUUUUUCAUCUCGUGUCCCUAAUGGUCCAUUUAGUUUGAGUUAUUUGAAGUUUCUAAUUUGAUUGUUGAUUUAUGUAAUAGAAGCUGCACUUUAGCUGAGACUUACAGAGCCCUUCGUCACACCGUCACUGUGACGAUCUGUUGUGCAUAAUGUACUGCCUACUUUUCACUUGCCUUUGAUUUCCAGGUCAAUCAAAUUCCUCCAUAUUCAUUCAAGCCUUUUCUUCAAUGUAUCAUGGGUAGGUGGAUUUGAGUAAUACGUCUCCAUUAUUUCUACAUUGUCUCCCAACACUUAAGUGGUGCUAUAAUUGUCAGUAUGAUCAUUAUAUUAGCAUUUAUCAUUACCUCUGCCAAUGUCAAGACGUAUAGUACAGAAAGUGUGUAUGCAAUACUAUAUAUUAAAGAUGAAUAUUUCAAA